AUGCCACAGCCAUUUCCCAGGUUCUAUAUCAUUAGGCCUCAAGGUUCAUUCGUACCCUUGAUCCCAGUCGACGAGCUACCGUCGUGGAUUCAAGUUGGGAACUGGGACUGGAAUGAUAUGUCAUUGUUUACUGCCAUGGCUCCUGCUAGUUUCAGUUCUAUCCCACGCGUCGGCGAAUACGACGUCGUCUGCCACAACUGCAACGCCAGUCUUGAUAGGCUUCAUCGAAGCGUCUCGGAGCAGAGUGGAAAGACCGGAAAUAGCUCUCAGAGCCUCCGUUUACCACUUAGGAAACCAAACAAGAUCUACGCCGGUGCAUUACUUUCACAGUCAUCACAGGAGGCACUGUCACCUCUUGCAUCAAGCUAUGUAAUGUCCUUGACACAGCCGCUCUUUUACACACCUGGGUACCCUGCAUGCUUCACAGAGCCCCCUUAUUAUGCGAACCUGCAGAGCCCUUUUGUUGGAAUGGGCCUCUUCAGCCUCAAAGGCUACCGCGAAAGACAUCAAGCUAGGAAAUUGGAAAAAGAAGCACGGGACAAUUUAAGACGACCACCACGGAGCAAGACACCACCUUCGGGUUCUUCAACUGAUCCAACUAAUCAAAAUCCUGCCAAUUUGCCAAGCUCUCAAACUGCUGAGGCUGGUCCGAGUGGUCAAGGUCAAAACCAAAAUAAUCAGGGGCAUCAAGAAGACCCCGACGCGAUUAUGCCAGCACCCGACGAUGCUGGCAACGCAUAUUUCGAGCCCGCACCACAGCACCCCAAUGGUCCUGCUGAACAGGAAACGCAAUCGAUUGGGUCCUCGUCGAAGUCCGUACCACAGGAGCCCGAUAGUCCUGCUCAAAAGCAAACGCAACCAGUCCCUAUACCAAGGCUUCCACUGAGUUCCAAGCCACAAGAGCCCGUUCUUCCUGCUGAACAGCAAACGCAACCAGUUCCUAUACCAGGAGCCUCAUCAAGGGCCGAGUCACAAGGUUCCAAUCACUCUUGUAAGCAUAAGACGGACUCACCCCCAUACCGAAAACAUGCGCCCCAGAAAUUUGAAGUCGAUCAGUCACUCAUUUUUCCAUUCUCACUCUCAGAAACCAGUCUAGAUAGCAGAUUGAGAGCAGGCACUCAAUCUGCUCGAUACGAGGAUAUGGACACCUACAAGGAUUUUCAAACAGACCUUCGAAUGCGUCUCGGUCCAAGAAAAGUUCAUUCUUCUUGA